AUGAAGAGCUUCCCCAUGGCUCCCCCUGUUCUCCUAGUUUUCAUCCUGAGUGUCCACCUCGGAGUUGCCACACGUGGCAUUGAUGUGGCCAAGUACUGCUGCUUGCAAUUCAGCCAAAAGACCCUUCCGUGGAGCAGGGUGCAAAGCUAUGAAUUCACUAAGAACAGCUGCUCCCAGAAGGCUGUGAUAUUCACUACCAAAAAAGGCCGGAAAAUCUGUGCACAGCCAAAGGAAAAAUGGGUGGAAAAAUAUAUUUCAUUACUGAAAGCUCAACAAAAAUUGUGACUGCUGAAUUUUCAGCCCAAGGACACCCGGACCCUCUCUUGGCCCAGGGACACCCGGACCCUCUCUUGCCCCUACUGUCCUUGGCAGAGCCUGGAGUUUUC